UCAUUCUGAAAAGUGUUCUUUUUCGGCGAACUCCCGGAACGUCCGUGGCGCUCGCUAUUUAAAAUCCAGCUUAAUCAGCUUGGAAUUUAGUUUAUUUCCUAAGAUAUUACCAUAAUAUCAUAGCAACAUGCCGCCUAAGUUCGAUCCUAAUGAAGUUAAAAUCGUUAACUUGAGAUGUGUUGGAGGAGAAGUUGGUGCCACAUCGUCUUUGGCUCCUAAGAUCGGUCCCCUCGGUCUGUCUCCCAAAAAGGUCGGUGACGAUAUCGCCAAGGCCACGAGCGACUGGAAGGGCCUGAAGAUCACCGUCCAGCUGACGGUGCAGAACAGACAGGCCCAGAUCUCCGUGGUGCCGUCUGCUGCUGCCCUCAUCAUCAGAGCUCUGAAAGAGCCGCCCCGUGACCGCAAGAAGCAAAAGAAUAUCAAGCACAGCGGCAACAUCUCCCUCGAGGAUGUGAUCAGCAUCGCCAAGACCAUGCGUCCCCGCUCCAUGGCCCGGGAGCUGUCCGGCAGCGUGAAGGAGAUCCUCGGCACCGCGCAGUCCGUCGGCUGCACGGUGGAGGGCCGCCCGCCGCACGACCUCAUCACGGACAUCAAUACGGGCGCGCUCACCAUUGACGAAUAGAUGAACUAUCUAAUUUA